AUGUUGUCAUUGGCGGUAAUUGGGAUAAAUGUGUCUGAACUAUCAAAGCAAUUCGUUGUUCUUGGAACUAUACUCUUUUUAUUAAUUACUUGGAGCGUAGCGAUUAUAGGAGCUUCUUCGAGAUCAAGAAAUUUGAUAGCUUUUACAAUUGUUCUUUGGGUCAUUUUCAUUGUUAUGUGGCUAGUUUUAUCAUUAUACUUCAGAUUACUAAAUCACAACACCCACUACUGUGUAGCAGACAAAAAGAGAUGUGCACCAUCAAUGUGGCUCAUCGCUAUAGGAAGUUCAAAUGACACAGAUGAUGAUACAGGCGAUGAAGAUGAAGAUGAAGAUGGUGAUGAAGAAACAACUGAAGAAGAAUUAAAAAGUAAAUACGGAAGAAGACUAUGGUCAAAUAAUAACUCCCCCGAAAUAACUGUUAAGCUUGUACACCCAACGAGAAAAUAUGAAAUGACGAAUUCUGUUGCUGUUACUCUUGUUGGUAAUACCGUUGUGUCAAAUCAAAGGAGUAUAACGAUCGAUGUUAACAACGGAUCUAAGGACGAACGCAAUCAGCGGACUACAACCGAAAGCCCACCAAGGGAUUUGAGAAUGCGCGCCAUGGAAUAUCGAAAAAACAUGACGAUGUAUCGUCAAACCGCAAUACAGCAUCGCAAAAAGAAAGGGAAAAAAAAGAAAGCAGAUGAUGAAGAAAGUGAAGGUGACCAGGAAGGUGAAGAUGAAGAAGAAGAAAAUGAUGAAGAAGAAGAAAAAGACAACGGCGACGACAAAGCUGAUAGUCACACCAUAGACUGGUUAUCUAUGUCAGGUUAUUUGCUGCUGUAUUUGUAUGCGUUGUAUGUACUCCUUUCCUACCACAGUGAAUUAAAAUUAAUGUCGAUUUGUGAAUGUGACGAUAAUCUGGGUCCCAGGAAUAAGGUGCCAUAA